UGUGUGUUAUUUCCAUAUAGAGAAAGGGUGAUCACUGGAUAUACAUACUUGUAACAAAUGGAGUCGGGUAGCAUUCUUGAUUUCAUUGACAACAAGACCAUUUUAGUCACUGGUGCCACUGGUUUUCUUGCCAAAAUAUUUGUGGAAAAGAUACUUAGGGUUCAACCAAAUGUGAAGAAGCUAUAUCUUCUUGUAAGAGCUACCGAUGCCAAAUCCGCCAUGCAACGUUUCAAUACUGAGGCAGUGGCAAAGGAUUUGUUUAAGACAUUGAAAGAGAAGUAUGGUACAAAUCUGCAAUCUUUCUUAUCGGAAAAAGUUACUCCGAUAGCAGGAGACAUCACUUAUGAAAAUCUGGGGAUAAAAGACUCCAAUUUGAUCCAAGAGAUGUGGAAAAGUGUUGAUGUUGUUGUCAAUGUAGCUGCAACCACUAACUUUGAUGAAAGAUAUGACAUUGCCCUAGCUUUGAAUACUUUUGGAGCUAGAAAUGUUUAUAAUUUUGCUGCUAAGUGCGUCAAGAUAAAAUUGCUUCUGCAUGUAUCUACAGCUUAUGUUUCUGGCGAGACGCCUGGGCUUAUACUUGAAUCUCCAUAUCGUUUGGGAGAUGCGCUUAAUGGUGUAGAUGGACUAGACAUCAAUGUGGAGAAGAAGAUUAUCGAAGAAAAACUUAAAGAACUUAGCGCUGAUGAAACAUCUACAGAUAAAUCUAUUACAUUAGCCAUGAAAGAUUUGGGCAUUGAAAGGGCAAACAAAUUUGGUUGGCCAAAUACGUAUGUUUUUACGAAGGCAUUAGGAGAAAUGAUUCUUGGGCAUUUGAAAGGAGAUAUGCCUUUGGUCAUUCUUCGCCCAACCAUCAUCCUUAGCACGUAUAAAGAACCCUUUCCUGGUUGGAUCGAAGGCAUAAGGACAAUCGACAGCUUGGCAGUCGGCUAUGGCAAAGGAAGGUUAGCAUGUUUCCUCGGCGAUCCUGAAUCAACAAUCGAUGUGAUACCAGCAGACAUGGUGGCGAAUGCUAUGAUUGCGACAAUGGCAGCUCAUGCAACCAACCUGGUGAAACAAUCUAUCAUGUUGGAUCUUCCGUAUCAAAUCCUUUGA